UGAAGACUGGGAAACAUUGCGGGAUCCUCUGCCUGACCUUCUCUCCAAGGCUGGGGCUACCAUGGGCCCUGCAGGCACUGCCCUGCUGUGCUUGGGAUUGUGCAUAGGCCAAGGGAUCAAGGAACAGGCAGAGACAUUCCUCAGACCCACCCUCGAGGCUGACUCAAGCCCUGUGAUCCCGCAGGGGACACCCGUCACCCUCAGGUGCAAGGGACAUCCUGGGGCUAUUUGGUAUUUUCUGAUGAAAGGAGAAAUUCAGUUCCAAGGUGUACUUGGAGAAAAGAUGGAGGCUAACUUCCACAUCCACUCCAUGACAAGGGACACUGCAGGGAGUUACCACUGCUUCUAUAUGACCCUGUCUGGCUUCUCAGAGCUCAGUGAGCCCCUGGAGCUGGUGAUGACAGGCUUCUAUGACAAACCCUCCCUGUUGGUCGUGUCUAUUCAGGAAGUGGCUGAGGGACAGAUUGUGACUCUCUCGUGUCAUUCGGAGCAACCAUUUGAUCAGUUCACCUUCUACAAGGAGAGAGGGGCCAAUACCUCUCAGCUCCAGACAGUUUGGUUCUGGACAAACAUAUCCAUUGUUUCUAUGACCACUACUCAGGAAGGGACCUACCGAUGCUACAGUUUUCACAGUCAGUAUCCCUACCUGUGGUCGGCCUCUAGUGAUCUCCUGGAGGUUAAAGUUGCAGAUGCUGCCCCCCAAGAUUACACCGUGGGCAAUCUCAUCCGCUUCAGCCUGGCUGGGCUGGUCCUCAUCAUUCUGGCCAUCCUGUCGGUAGAGGCCUGGUAUAGCUGGAGAGUGCUCCAAGAAGCAGCCCUUGCCUGAGAAACCAAGAGGGCAGAGCUGGAGUCUGGUGAACAGGUGGACACUCAAGUCAUGGAGUCUCUGAAGGACAGUUCUGCAGAGUCUAGAGAGAGAAAGGAGAAGGAUCUCAGUUCUGUUUGCCCUGGUGCCUAGCCUGGCUUCUCUUCCUUACAGAUGAUAAUGCCUAGCCCUCCUUCCCCCUGCCUCAGCCUUCCUCUUCUUCUUUCUCCUCUUCCUUUCCCCCUUCUUCCCUCUUCUUUCUCCUCC